AUGAAUUUAUCAUUUUCUGGUUGUGGAUUUUUAUGUAUAUAUCAUGCAGGAGUAGCUGCUGCAAUUAAGGAAUAUGCACCUCAAUUGACUCAGAAUAAGAUAUGUGGAGCAUCAGCCGGUUCAAUUGUUGCUGCGGGUUUAAUAUGUGACGUGUGUAUAUCAAAAGCUACAAGCACAAUCUUGAAAAUAGUAACGCAGGCUCGCUCAAGAUCAUUGGGACCAUUACAUCCUGCUUUCAAUUUACUCGGCUUAGUCAGAGAAGAAUUGGAGAAAACAUUACCUUCAAAUGCUUAUAAACUAUGUAACAAACGACUACAGAUUUCCUUAACUCGAUGGGACGACAAUAAGAAUGUUGUUGUAGAUGAAUAUGAUUCGAAUGAAGAACUCAUCGAUGCAAUCAUAUGCAGUUGUUUCAUUCCUGUAUAUUGUGGAUUGAAUGCACCCACAUUCAGGGGAGUUGCAUACAUUGAUGGCGGCUUCACAGAUAAUCAGCCGGCCUAUGAUCAUCAUUCUGUUUCUGUUAGCCCAUUUUCCGGGGAAUCCGACAUUUGUCCACUUGAUUGGGAUUCAGCGAGCUUAUUCGGAAUUAGUUUUUCUAAUACAUCCAUCCGUUUCACUACGCGCAAUUUAUUCCGUUUAACAGCUUGUUUGAUGCCACCAUCAACAGAAGAUUGUUCGAAGAUGUGUUUGCAAGGAUUCGAAGAUGCACUCAGAUUUUUAGCCAGAAAUGGAAUGGCACCUUGUAUCCGUUGUUUGACAGUUCAAACUAACUUCGAUCAGCUGAUAACUGGCAUCAUUUCUAUACCUGCCGAUGGAAGAAAAGGUCCGAGCCCACAAACAACAGAAAGAAGUCGCCUCACCAGCACGAGGGGGACGAGAAGAAUGGAGCCAAGUGAAUGCGAAGUUUGCUGUGAAAGCACUGAACAUCGUUAUCCAUCUGAUAUUAGUGAAUAUUUUCCAAAGGUUCUCAGAGCCACUUUCGACGAUGCCGUAGCCGCUGAGACAUCUAUGUUCCAAUUUCUGUUAUCUUUCAAGAUCGUUCGCAUUGCCAGAACUGCAAUGGGAAUCAGUAAAUUACCUUUGGAUAUGACAUUCAUUCUUGCCCAAAACCUGUUAUCAAUUGCUGCGCAAGCUAUCGCACCCGAAUGGCUUGUUCAAAGGUUGCAAAGUGUCGUUGACUUCAUUAUGGGCGAAAUCGAAUUCCAAAAGUCUCGGUACAAUAGGUUCUCCUGUUCUGCGGCAUUGACAGAAAUUGAGCACAAACCCUAUAAUCAACAGCCUAGUCACUCGAGAGAAUUUAUAAUUGAACCAAGUGCUGAAGCUUUGAGGGAAUCAGCUGCUCUGAGAGAACGCGACCGUAGAAGAUCUUUGGCUUUAUCGAAAAACAAUCACAACUUGGCACAAGACCCAGCUUGGACCUGUGGUAAUGAACAGGACAGUUUGGAACAUGUCAUUACAUACACAAGACAUCAUGAAGCAAUGUACGAAUUCCACUACUUGGAUGAGAACAACAAAUAUCGAUCAUUUGAACUUUUCAAUAUUAUUCCAUCAGGGGGAUCAUGUCAUGCUGGCCAAGGAUCAGGUUGUAAUCAGUCUCAUCGUCAUCAUUCGGCUCAGCGUACCAACUCUAUCAUUAUCGAAGAGAAAGAGAAAGAAUAUAAUAAGAAUGUUGUCGACCGUACAACUUCCACUGAUAAUGUAAUAAACGAUGAUGCUGAUUCAGGUGUUUCUGGAGUUGAGCAAACUACUGAGUUUGUUUCGAGCAAUUAUCCCUCAUAG